AUGGAGAUCCAAUCGACAACCUAUUACAUGGCUAUUGUCAGCUCUACACUGCUGGCGGAUGAGACCAAAACCGGCAUGCGACCUCACCCGAUACUAACCGUGAACGUCGAUCAAGAUGAGAACGUUUGGGGUGCGGUGACGCUGGUGUACAUGUAUCGGCAACUGGGAAUGACGUCUAGGGUUGGUUGCAAGACCAUUGCUGGUUGCCGCACAUUGCUUCAGACAUGGAUUUACGAGUAUUUUCCGGCUUUCCACCCUCAUCCUCGUCAAGCAGAUGUGCCUAAUAACACUAGGGCGGAGAUGUGGUCCACGCCCAAGCCAGGUCGUUUGAUCAACAGGCCGAGGGACUGCAGGAGUAUAUUGGACUCCAUGACGGAUGCUCAGGUGUAUUUGUCGGAGAGGAAAGUGCAACAGCUGGGCUAUGUGCAGGCUAUUCCCCCCGCUCCUAUCAGACCAACCCAGGCUCUACGACCGGCACAUGGUACCUAUUCCGUGACCUUUGCUUCUCCGCUUAUUUACACGGAGGCAUGGAGUAGGUUCUCUAUUGUGGCCGCCUUGUUUCUAAAUGAAUGGUCGAGUCGAGUCGCUCCAUUGAUGAGACUGCCUCCUGUUCCGAAAAUGAGCCCCUGA